AUGAACUCACGAUAUUUAUUACGAACCCAUAGUAGGGUAUUGUUUAGACCACGAAAUACUACAACAAUAUCAGCAACUCGUGCCAACUUUAUAUCUCGUCGGCAUGUCUCACAAUAUAAUUAUAAUCAAACUUAUGCUGCUUACAACCAACCAAAAACACCAUUUUGGAAGAAACUUGUAUAUGCAACAUUGGGGCUAGGUAUUAUUUCUGGGUAUGUUUAUUAUAUGUGGUGGCCUAAACAUACUUUUCCAAGUUCAAUUGCCAAAUUUUUACGUAAGGGAUUAUGGGCAGAAAGUGAUCGUGGGGAAUUUGAUUAUCAAUUAGCAUUGAAAUAUUAUUUACAAGCAUUAGAGCAUGCGAAUGAAAUUGGAUUAGAUCCAUUAAGUGAUGAAUAUACUGGGAUACAAUUAAAAAUUGGAGAAAUGUUUGAACGAUUGAAUAUGUUAACUGAUGCAGCAUAUAUUUAUAAUGAAAUUGCUACAUUAUACUUGACAGUUUUAACUGCUCCUCGUGAUUCUCCAGAGGGACAAAGAAUUAAAGAUCGUAAACAUCGUCGUCAUUUAAUUCAAAAAGAUUUAAGAAUUGCCAUUAAAUUGGUGUCAUUAAAUCCUACAAAUCCUAGUUUAGCUAAAGCUAUACUUAUUACCCAUUUGAUAAUUGCCCAAGAUGAAGUUAAUAAAUUGAUGGGAUCGUCAUUAUCUUCGUCAAAUAAAUUAAAUUUGGUUAAUAAGAUUGAUCCCAAUGACAAACUGUCAUCAACCAACACUUCGAACGGAGCUUACACUGCCGUUUUAGAUAAUGAUACCAUUGUGAUUACCAAUAAUAAAACUGGGGAAGAAAAUCGAAUUAAAAAGACCCCUGAAGUUUGGGAACCUUUCACUGAUGAAUUUUUCAAUGCCAUGGAUUUAUUAAGUGCUGUUUGUAUUACAUCUGGUGAUUUAGCCAUGGCUACUAAAGUGAAAAUUGCCAUGAAUGAAUCAAUGUUAUUAGCUGAUAUUGAACCUUCCAAAAUGUUAUUAUCACAAUGUAAUUUAGGAUCUUUACUUUAUAUGCAAGCUGAAGAAUUAGAAGCUCAAGAAAUAUCCAUGACAAGGAAGUUUUCCGAACUUUCUGGUAUUGAAUAUGAUCAAUUGUUAGAAUCACAUCAAAAACAAAUGCAUUUACAACAUUCGGAAACAAACCCUGAAGAUAAAACAGAUUCGAAUUCAAAUCCAAAUUCCAAAUUGAUUAUGGAAAAAUUGAGAGAAACUGUACCGAUCCUGGAUCAAGAAGCAUUUGCCACAGUGACUAGAUCAAGAUCAGUUUGUUUACAAUUGGCAAUCAAGUCAUAUGAAUCAGUAUUACAAUUUGCAAAAUCUUUCCCACAAGAUUUUGUUAAACAACAUAAUGAAAUCAAUGAAACUGUAGCAUUAGCAACAUAUGGUUUAGGAGUUAUUAAUUUACAUUUAAGUCAUUAUGAAAAAGCUGAACGAUUAUUACGUGAAUCAAGAGUUAGAGCAAAAUCAUGUGAUUAUGGAACAUUGUUACCAAUGAUUGAAAAAGAAUUGGAAAAAUUAUUUAAUGAAAAAAAAUCGUUAACCAAAGAUGAAAAUGAUAAUUCAAAGUUAAAGAAAAAGAAACAUUCUUUACAUGAUAUUGAAAUGGAUAUAACUUUAAAUAAGUAA